AUGCCUCAUUCUGACACUGAGGUGCCGGCUUCAGCGGAGGCUUCAACAGACCUGCCUCAGCGACUCCCCUUUCCUCCAGUCACUCACUCUCACAUCUUGCACUGUUCCUAUCAUGACUGGCAACCUCGCUACCGUGCGCUUACACCGAAAUCGCGUCUUAUCCCCUUGACUGUGCCCUUCAUCUCCUAUCUCCGCGCAGACGGUAUUGUCUUGCCACCCGAAAAUGCGACCCCCACAGACGACGACAACCUAGACACGUAUUCCGAUGACGAGGCCGACGAACAGCCAGACCCAUCGACCGAAUGGGAAGAAAUUCACACCCAGAUCAAGACAACAAUCUCCGAGCUUGGAGGUAUCAUAACCCCGAAGUUGAAUUGGAGUGCCCCCAAAGAUGCAACCUGGAUGGCUGCGACAAACGAUAUGCAAUGCCGCACACCAAACGACAUCUACCUCCUCUUGAAGAGCAGUGACUUUAUCAGCCAUGACCUGGAGCUUCCCUUCGAUGAUUGUGUCCCGGAUAUGCCGGAUUCGACGACCACCCCCGACGUUCCAUACCAUCUCGUGCUUCGCAAAUACGUCAACUUCAACCCCUCCCUUGAGUUUCGGUGCUUUGUGCGCGAUCGCGUGCUUCUCUGUAUUUGUCAGCGGGACCAAAACCACUUUGAUUUCCUCUUUCCUUUGCGCGAGACCCUUAGAUCUCGGAUUCAAGCAUUCUUCGAUGAGAAACUGAAGGAUACAUUCCCUGAUCCUAGCUUUGUCUUCGACGUGUACAUUCCUCCUCCGCAUCAGCGAGUUUGGCUCAUUGACAUCAACCCUUGGGCUGUGAGGACCGAUCCGUUGUUGUUCAGCUGGCUUGAGAUCUUGAACAUGAAAGACCCAAUCGGAAUCCAGGAAGAGGAUGGCGCCGAAGAGCAGUUCGUCCGACUGUCACUCAAUGGGAACACUGUCACUGGUGUAGUGGGAGCCGCUGAAGGUUCUGAAUCGUCCGAUACGGAGGAUGAGUCCGCCGAUGAUGUGGACGAGGACUCCCCUUUCUUCCCCGAGUUCCGUCUCGUGAAGCGUGAUGAUCCGGAAGCUUAUGCAUUUACCACACCACAAUAUUCUGCUCACAAGCUGCCAAAGGAGGUCGUCGAUGCCUCGAUCUCAGGCCCAGGUGGUAUGAGUGAGUUUUUGGGCAAAUGGCAGGAUAUUCUAGCCAAGCAGGCACAAGAGUCGGAUACGGAUAGUGAUGGUGGACAAUGA